AUAGAUGAUCCAGGUAUGCAGAAAAACUGCGUGUGUAAAGUAGUAUCAGAAACUGCUCGUGUUGAAGUUGGAGAACUAAUUAGUCUUGCGUUUUCGACGUGCGUUGUUGCUUGUUCAAUAUUUUCAUUUCAUAGUGAAUCAAAUUUCUGCUCGAAAAUUGUGAUUUUCUAUAUUGGAGAAAUUUAAGAAUCCGAAAAUCCAAUAAUUAUGACGUGUGUGAUGAAAAUUCCAUAUCCGAAAGGUGCUCGACGAGGAGGAGUUAUUGAACAGAGUGUGACCUACCCUGAAGGUGAAAAAACAGAUUUAAUUACGUGGCACAUUUACAAUAUACAUGAUCAGCUGGGGACAAGUAUGGAAGGCAACUUUGUAUCAGAAAGAUUCACUGUAAGUGACGAUGAUGGGAUUACUUUUACAUGGAGUUUAGCGAUUCUAAAAUCAUACCGGGACAAUCGUAAAUGCUACUAUUUAUAUCCAUGCUUCAUAUCAGAGAAUGAUUGUAAGGAAGCAUUCGUAAAAAUUGAAUUGAUCUUUAGAGAUGGAGUGAGCGGGAAAUGCCAAUCUACUGGCGUUACCGAAAUUUGUAGGUUUGAUGCAAAAAAUCAAAAUAGCUCAGUAAGUUUACGUAUAGAUGCCGAAAAACUAUCAUCUCCCCACAGAAGCUACUGUUACUGUAAAAUAAUUGAAUCCAAUUUGAUUAAAUUCAGCCUAUCGAAAGAUUUAGGUAAUAUAUUCAAGAAUCAGAAUUUUACCGAUAUCAAGUUAUUGUCGAAUGAUGGUAAAGUUUUUGAAGCGCACAGGAUGAUAUUAUCUGCUCGAAGUUCGGUUUUCGCUGCCAUGUUCACGCACCAGAAGAAAGAAAAUGCGCAAAACGAAGUGAACAUUGACGAUAUGAACGGAGAAGUGGUCGAAGAUCUUUUAAAAUACAUUUAUACAGAUAAACCAGAAAAACUGCAACUUCUGGCUAAAGAACUAUUUGUCGCAGCGGACAAAUACGAUUUGAAGAGAUUGAAAACGAUGAGCGAAGACGUCCUCAUCGAGAAUUUGUCGAUUUCCAACGCCAUAGAAAUUCUACAUUUUUCUCAACUACACAAUGCUACUCGACUGAAAACCGAAGUCGUCAAAUUCAUAACGACGAAAACAAAUGCGGAAGUGUUCGAGACUGAAGCAUGGGAAAGUUUAGAGCAGACCAAUCUACUCAAAGAAAUAUGCAAGGCUUUUGCGAAACGUUAAAUAACUGCGAUCAUAACGAGAUAUUUGUACUUCAUUUUAUUUAACCUAUUUUUUUUUUAAACUUAUCGACAAUUAAUCGUUGUUUUUUGUUUUUAUAAUUUUUUUCAAUUACUUAUUACGUGGGCCACAAGUAUUGAUUUGUACCCAGCUUAAAGUUUGUAAUAAAACUUAUUUGUAGUGAAGUACAUACCUACUUAUAAUUUAUUAUAGAACUGAUACAAUGGAG